AUGUGGGAAUACGGAUUAUUUCACCUUUUUGUUAUCCUCACUUCAUAUUACCUCUUUGGAGUUCUAUAUGGAGUCUGAUUUCUGAUAGUAUUUGUUCUUGCAGCAGACAAAGCUCUUUCAGCUAUUGGUUACUAUCGACUAAGUUUUGGAGACUUAUCAUUAGCGUAUGAAUAUCCAGGAGCACUGAAUAAUUUAGCAGGAUAUUUCAUAAUGGAGAAAGUUGACUAUCCAACCUUUAAGAACCAUUUCUACCAGAGAGCUGUUCUCAGAAUUCCCAAACUCAGGUCCGUCCUUGUUUCAAAACUCGGAGUCUAUUUCUGGAAAGAUGUCGGCCCUCAGGCGGGAGAAGGCCAGCUCGUCAAGUCUUCGAAGUCUAUCAAAACUGAGCAAGAGUGACUCAAGCAUUGUGAAGACAUCGCCAACACGAAGAUGGACUACAGCAAGCCUCUGUGGAAGAUGUCUCUUGUGGAAGACUAUUCAGCAACUGAGUCUGUGGUCUUCGUAUCUUUACACCAUUCAUUCACAGAUGCAGGAGGAUUUCUGAGUUUGAUUUCAAGUGUCAACGAUGAAGGAAAAAAUGUCAAAGUAGAUAAAACUUUUCCUAAAGUUAGUAUUAUUAUUAGACUGCUAACACUUCUACUUGGACCGCUUUAUUGUAUUUAUCUUUCAAUUGACAAUGGGAAAAUGUCCACUGACAAUAAAGCUGAAGCUGUCAAUGAAAUUAAGGGUUUUAACAAAAGAGAAACCCGCUUGUACUCAGCCAAAAGAAGAGUCCCAUUCGAUCAAAUAAGAAAAUGCUACAAAAAGCUAUGCACUGAUCGCCAAAGAGUCAGCUUCAACGACUACAUCAUGGGAGUUCUCUCCGUUUCACUUGGCAGGUGGUACAAGCUCCAUGGAGUCGAAGGAGCUCAAAGAUUACAAGCAUUUUGUUCAGUCAACAUGAGGCCGCCUCCCACAAAGUUUGAAGAAAUAUCCAUUGAAAAUGAUAGCGUAGGAGUAAAGUUUGCUAUACCAAUCAAAACUGACAUAAUGGAAGCAAUCAAUGAUUGCAGAACAAAUUUUCAUCAAUUCUUUAAUCCAUUCGCUUUACUGAGCUACAAGGCAAUGGGAUAUAUUGUAGGCUUAGUUCCAGAGUGGAUUGGUCGAAAAAUAAUAUAUGAUAUUCUUUCAAACGUAGAAAUGGUCUACUCCAACGUCCCAUUCUCUUCAAACCCUUGGUAUCUGUGCAAUAAGGAAGUGACAAAAAUUGGAGCUUUUGCUAGUAUCUACUACAACUGGAAGGUUUUUUUUGCUGCUAUGACCUACAGAGACGAACUCAGACUUACAAUAUCUGCCAACGCCCAGCUGAAGAUGGACCCUCAGCUCUUGCUUGACAAUAUCCUAGAUUUCAUCGAAGACGAUAUUCGACAAAUUGAAACUGUCAAUGGUCAUUUAAAGACAGAAUAA